AUGGAGGUUGCACUUGUCCAAGCCAAAAAAUCAUGCCCCUUUUUGCACGUUGCAUCAGCAUCUUCGUUGCGUAGACUCUCUGCUUUGCAAUCGAAGGGUGCCGCUGCUGCCAAGCCUGGUAGUGCUCUUUUGAACAAGGCCCAGCAAUGUCCUGUUAUGAGCCAAGCCAUUCAAACCCGUGGCAUUUCAACUUCGCGAGUCGUCUCUCAAAAGCCCACUACUCCUGUGAAGGCUAAGGCCGUUGAGCAAUCUGAAGUUGCAGCAGUGCGUCCCCCUGUUGCCACCGUGACAGAAACAACACCUGCUUCUUUUGAAACCAAGUCCAAGCAUUUCGAUUAUGAAUCAUUUUAUCAACAUGAAUUGGAAAAGAAGCACAAGGACAAGAGCUAUCGUUAUUUCAACAACAUCAAUCGCCUUGCUCAAAAGUUCCCUCGUGCUCACACUGCUCGUGUCGAAGAUGAAGUCACUGUGUGGUGCGCCAAUGAUUAUUUGGGCAUGGGAAGAAACCCAGUGUUGACAGAGGCCAUGAAACGUACUUUAGACCGCUAUGGUGCUGGUGCGGGUGGUACUCGUAACAUUGCUGGCAAUGCCGAUUUGCAUUUGCGUCUCGAAUCCGAAUUGGCUGAUCUUCAUCACAAGGAAGGUGCCCUUGUUUUCUCAUCAUGCUAUGUUGCCAAUGAUGCUACACUUGCUACGCUUGCCGGCAAAUUGCCUGGAUGUGUCAUUUUCUCGGAUGCAUUGAACCAUGCUUCCAUGAUCCAAGGCAUCCGCCAUUCGGGUGCACAAAAGAAGAUUUUCCGCCAUAAUGAUAUGGCUCAUCUCGAAGAAUUGUUGCAAUCGGUUGAUCCUGCUACACCCAAAAUCAUUGCAUUCGAGUCUGUGUAUUCGAUGUGUGGUUCCAUUGGCCCUAUUCGUGAAAUUGUCGAUCUCGCUAAAAAGUAUGGUGCCAUUACUUUCCUUGAUGAAGUGCAUGCAGUUGGCAUGUACGGCCCACGUGGUGCCGGUGUUGCCGAGCAUCUUGAUUUCGAUUUGAAUGCAGCUCAUCCCACACUUGGCAAUGGUUCAAUUCUCGAUGAAAUUGAUAUCAUCACCGGUACUCUCGGCAAGGCUUAUGGUGUGGUUGGUGGCUACAUUGCUGCUUCAGCAUCAUUGGUUGAUAUGGUGCGUUCCUAUGCACCUGGUUUCAUCUUUACUACCUCCCUUCCACCCGCUGUUGUCUCUGGUGCCAUGCAAUCUGUCAAGUACUUGAAGGUCUCCAACAUGGAACGUCAAAUGCAACAAAUCAACUCACGUGUCGUCAAGGCUCGUUUGAAUGAGCUUGGUAUUCCUGUGGUGCCUAAUCCUUCUCACAUUGUCCCCGUUUUGCUUGGUGAUGCUGCUCAAGCCAAGUUGGCUUCGGAUGAAUUGCUCUCUGAACAUGGCAUUUAUGUCCAAAGCAUCAACUAUCCCACCGUUCCUGUUGGUGAAGAACGUCUUCGUAUCACUCCCACUCCUGGUCACAAUCAAGGCAUGAUUGAUCAUCUCGUGGAUUCUCUUGAGACCAUUUGGAAUCGUUAUGGUUUCAAGCGUGUCAACGAUUGGGUGUCUCAAGGAGGUCGUGCUGGCGUUGGUAUGGCCAAUCCUCCCAAGGUGUCCCCUCUUUGGACCGAUGCUCAGCUCGGCUUGGAUAAGGAAGUCAUUCAGCAAGAAAAGGCUGUCAAGCAACAGUCAUCCAACAUGCUUUAA